CUUUCCAGCCUCACUCUUCUACCUGUAGCCGAGAGCCACAAGUAUUAAUCUUACACCAGUGAGAGCUGCAAUCAUCCCCCUUCCACAAAACUGAGAGCUGCAACCGUACGUCUCUCAAACAACUGAGAGCUGCAACCGUACGUCUCUCAAACAACUGAGAGCUGCAAGACACUCGCACGCAACUGGGAGUUGCACGCGUCCCUCUGCCAUACAAGUGAGGACUACAGGUGUCCCUCCCCCACACAUCUGAAAACUAUUAGUAAUACUCUCUGACAAAACUAAGAGGUGCAAGGUGUAUGUCGAGGCACCAUCUAGUAUGGGAAUCACCAAUACCGUCACUAUGUACGUGUUUCUUCUGUUCGCCAUGGCGGUCGCUAAACCUACACUGAAAACGUCGACUCAGCAGGAGUUAGAAUCUGCUGUGAUCUUGUCACAGUUAGCGUUGUCGCACCAAGCUGAGGUCUUUGUGGAACUACUCAAUGCCACACAACACCACCUCUCUUCGUUCUAUCAAGGUGGGUACUGCCCUUACCCUUACACCAAGGUGCUGGAUGAGUGCUUCUACCUGAGUGCAUACGAACUGAACUGGAGUGAGGCACGUCUGACCUGCCAGGGAAUGACUGGAGAUUUGGCUACUCCUAGACACCUCUAUGCUCUCAAGGCAUUCAUUAUAGAAAAAACAGGGAAAGAAGAGCCUCCUUUAGAAGUGUUCGUUGGCGCUAAGUAUUUCCAUGAGGAGGGUGAAUGGAGGUGGCUGGACGGCCGUACUAUGGACUCCAGUAACUGGUCCCCAGGAGAACCCAACAACAAUGGUGGUAAAGAACACUGUGUCGACAUGUGGAUGAAAAAACACCCGAUGAUGAACGACCGUAGCUGCUCAUCACAGCGGCGAUUUGUUUGCCAGUAUCAACUUCCACACUGACACUAACAGACAAGUGGCGGCCACAGGGCUGUGGGUAAAUGAUUAGUCCGCCGCUCUUGCUUUUUCUGUGUUAUUGAUUACUAUAUAAUUCCUAAAUGAUCGAAUAUUUAUGCAAAAUAAUAAUCAUGUGCAAUGUUAACAGUAUUCGAGUGAUCCACAAUGAAUCACUUUGCAGUUAAAUAAUGAAUAUCACUCCUACUAUUGGGAACGGAAAGCAUCAAUAAACAGAAAUUAAGAAAUGGUUGUAGUACAAAUUUUAAGACUUAAAGUUUAGUCAAAACUCAGACAAAUGUGUGGAGAGUAUUGAAAUAAACACUUCAUGUCUUUCUCGCUAAGUAUCGAGUUACCUGCAGAAUGAGACAUAACCUUUAAUUGUUUCAUAUUGGAAUCAUUUAGUCAAGUUGCACUUCAUUUAAUAAAAUUGAGUAUGUAAAUAUGUCUUGCGUGUGGAACAACGCUCUCAGUACUUAACAAACAACAAAUAUAGGUUGAUACUUUUCACUGAAACUUGAUCUUUAUGUCUGAUCAGUUGAGCUCGAAGUCAUGCAUUGCUACAUUUCUUGCUAACUUAUGCUGAUUGUGAGCUUUAAUAAAUAAAAUUAUAAAAGAAA